AGAAUCAGAUAAAUCCAGAUAAAAUUAGUUGGAUGGAUAUAUAAAUAAAUACAGUUCAACUUAAAAUGAUGACCUUUUUAUAUCAACUAAUUUCAACCUCUAACUUAAUCAAAGUACUUCCAAAAUCAAAGGCAUUUCAAACAGGAGAUUACAAAUGUAGUGAUGGUUAAAAGUACAUUUAACUGUUUUAGUUAAUCUGUUUGACUUGAACAUGUUAGGUUAUACUUUGCUCAAUACCAUUGAUUUGAAGAAUAUCACUGAAGUUACAAAUAGUUUCUUAAAAUUUCAUCUAUUAGUUCCUUUUACCAUUGUAGUUCUUUAUUAGACAAAAAGUUAUCACUGUCUGGUCUGGAAAACUGAUCCACAGGUAAAAAAGCAUGAACAUUUUUCAUCUAAACCUUGUUUUUAUGGGAUUGUCCAUUAGAUUUUAGGGUGCAUAAGCAAAAAGACCUCAGAAUAAGAGGAAAUUACAUUGUAACUUCUCAAAACACUUGAUGGGCUAGACGCAGAGACAUAAUUUCCUCUAGCUGAGCGGUAAAUAAGAGAUCACAAUCUCAGAAUAAGGGGUAGGUUGUUUUGAACCGAGAUGAAGAGAAAUUCUUCAAGCGAAAAGUUAUGACUCUUGGAAUUUGCAACCCUGAAGCAAUGUGGAUGUGCACUUUUUGAGUUCAUUCGAAACCUAGCUAAAUAGAUUACCGAAUAUUAAAGGAAUGAGGGACAUGGAGAUAAUGUAGGGAAUUGGAAGUAAAGAUGAUCAGUAACUUUAAUAUCCUUGGCAUUAUUCUACUGUACUAGCUAACUAGCACCUGAGUGCCAUUACAAAGAAGACAUGACAGUACCUUUUCUUUCUUAGUUUGAACAGAUUUGGCGUGUCACCUAAAACUUUGACAAACUUCUACAGAUGCACAGUGGAGAGUAUUCUGACUAGUUGCAUCAUGACCUGGUAUGGAAAUACCAAUGCUCAAGGAUGGAAAAGGCUACUAAAAGUGGUGGAUACUGCCCAGUCCAUCAUUGGCAAAGCCCUCUCCACCACUGAGCACAACUUCAAGGAGCGCUGCCACAAGAGAACAGCAUCCAUCCAGGACCCCUACUACCCAGACCAUGCUCUCUUCUCGCUGCUGCCACUGGGAAGGAAAUACAGGACCUCUGGGUCCCACAUCAAAUUCAGAAAUAGUAGUUACUCUUCAACCAUCAGGUUUCUGAACCUGCAUAGAUAACUUCACUCACCUCAACUCUGGACUGAUUCCACAACCGAUGGACCUCACUUUCAAGGACUCGUGCUCUCAGUAUUAUUUAUUUAUUUACUGCACCAUUUCUAUGCAAGUUGAACUGACCAACAUCGAUCUACUUGAAGGUGAAGACACCGAAGAGUGACAGGAACGUUGAUGGCAUCAGAUAAAGUUUGUAAGGAAUCUGAACACCAUGCGGUUUGUGGACAGCAAUCUCCUUCUGAUUCUAUUACAAGGCUACGUCAAGGCCAGCUUUCACCCACACAUCCCACUCCGAAGAUGCCCAGGAAAAGUGAUAGAAUAGAAGAGCAUUCAACAAAGACCGAAAAAACAAGUGAAGUUCUGCGAUCCAGAAAGCGAAAAGCAGAUGUUGCUAUUUGUUUACAAGAUUUGGAUGAAGUUACCGAAGAACUGGCAACGGACCCGUUUAAAGAUAAGGAUUGCUGGAAUAUUAAUAACAACUGUGCAAGUCCUUCCAGAUUCACUUCAUUAUCACACAAAAAUUCAGAUGGCAUGAUUACAUCAUAUUCCACAAGUAAUACACAGUGCAAGUUCAAAAAUGUCUUGGUCACCCCAACUAGAGCUUCACCAUUACCUGUCUUCUGCUGGGCAAAUAGAGAUGAGGUAUGGAAUAUUCUUCUGAAAAAAGAACAGAUGUAUUUGAGAGAUAAAGAUGUUUUACAAAAACAUCCCCUCUUGCAACCGAAGAUGAGGGCUAUUCUUUUGGACUGGUUAAUAGAGGUUUGCGAAGCCUACAAGCUACACAGAGAAACAUUUUAUUUAGCCCAGGACUACUUUGAUAGAUUUAUGGGAACACAGAACAACAUUGUAAAGACACGAUUGCAGCUUAUUGGUAUUUCAUCUUUAUUUAUUGCUGCAAAACUGGAGGAAAUAUACCCACCAAAGUUGCAUCAGUUUGCCUUUAUUACUGAUGGGGCUUGUACAGAAGAAGAAAUUCUCAACAUGGAACUUGUUAUUUUGAAGGCUCUGAAAUGGAGUUUGUGUCCUGUAACCAUUGUGUCUUGGCUCAAUAUCUACAUGCAAGUUGCUUAUUUCAAAGAAAAGUAUGAAGUACUGAUUCCACAAUACCCCCAGGAAAUAUUUGUUCAAGUAAUGGAGCUGUUGGACCUCUGUAUUUUGGAUCUCAAAUGUUUGGAGUUCACAUAUGGAGUCGUAGCAGCUUCAGCUUUGUAUUACUUUUCAUCCUGUGACCUAGUUCACAAAGCAUCAGGCUUUGAGUGGAGUGAAAUAGAAGGAUGUGUAAGAUGGAUGAUUCCAUUCACCAUGGCCUUGAGGGAAACAGGAAACAUAACAAUGAAGAACUUGAAAGGUGUCUGUUCUGAGGAUAUGCACAACAUACAGAUACACUCCAACAGUUUAUCAUUAUUGGAUAAAGCUCACUCUAAACAAGCACUGCUAUUGGAACAAAGCUCACCUCUACCUUCUGGAAUUUUAACUCCACCACACAGCAGCAAGAAACAAGACAACUGGUGUGAGUCCUUGUGAAAUCAAACUGCAACCGUGGUUUAGUGGGUGAAUUUUUCUUUGCUGGAAAUCUUGAAUACAGCUUGAUGCAGUGAAGAUGGGACUUGAUUUGUGUAAUAUUGAAUGCUGACAACAGCCUGGAAUUUUACUUGCAUUCUUCUAAUGGCAUUGUCAUUCUGGAUAUUAAAAGUAUCUACUUGUUUUUAAUACACUUUUAUACCUGUUAUAGCCAAAAACUCCAACCAAAUAAGGAGUACCUUGAGUAAUCCUGAAUGCUGCUAAGGAGGGUGGCUGUCUAAAAUGAACAGUGAGGUCAUAGAUUGAUUUAUAAAAUGUUUAUGAAAUUUAAGCUGCUAUGUUUAUUUUAAAUAAAGGUACAUCUACAUUCUUUGUCCUGUCCCACAUGUAAUGUUAAAAAAGAUGACUGGCUGUGCAGAAGAUGGAACAAGCAGUAGCUCUUAAUGAUCUUCAUGCAACAGAGGGAUAUCAAGUUCUAAAAUUGGGAUGCUGAAGUUUUUUCCUUAAAUCCAGAUGGCAUGUGGUCAUAUGCAGGGUGUUCUAAGAGUAACUGUGAGACAGUAUAAAAUUAUGAAAGUUUGUUGGAAAAGUGUAUUAAUCAGUGGAUAGUUUCAAUCUCAAGACUAAAAAUAAGCAAAGGUAGCUAGAUGAAGUGUUUGAUGAUAGCUUAUUAGAACAGCAUAUGUCACAGCUAAUUAAAGCAAAUAUUAAGACCUGUAAGAUUAAAUAGCCUCAAUGAGAUGGUGCUCCUGGGUGGCAGCAGCAACCAUUUGAAUGUUGUCUUUGAGGGAGAAGAAUGGGUCUAAGAUUUGAGGGCAAUUAGAAGAGUAUGAAAAUAGGGCUAAAGGGAGAUGCAGCAUGCGAGAGGAUUCUUUAAAUGCUGGAUGGAAAGGAGGGACUAAACAGAAUAACCAACAUAAAAGACUUUUUGACUAUUUAUCUUGUACUCCAGUUUUUUUGGAGUUGGAGCCAGGAAAGCCGUGAUUAGAAAAAGUUGACAGAAUGAAUUGAGCAUUUUGUUUUGGUUUUCAAAGAUAAAAGUACCUUUAUAGCUGUUAAUUGAAGAGAAAAUGAGGGAUGCAGAAGGGACUGAAAAUUACAAUCAUCAUACCAAAGUAUUGAAACUGGGGGCCUGGUGAGUCAUUGCUGAGGCCCUUCAUCCCUCAAGACUGAAGUGAAUAGUGAGACAGUUGAUGCAUCAGUUUUAAAACUCCAGAUGUGAGGAAGGUUCUAUCACUUAUCACUAUCACAUAAAGCACUUAUGCAGGAAGAGGAAACUACAGGUGUAGUCCAUACUGGAUUAUGGAGGAAACCCAGAAUCUAUUUUUAAAACAAUGUUCAAUUAAGUUGCAUUUUUGGGGGGGGGGGGAGAGGAGGGGGUUUCUUUAAGGACAUUGGCUCAAAAGCAGUGUAGGUGCAGCCACUGGCUAUUCUAUAGCUAUUUAAGUAUACAGAUACUUAAAAUCCAGGGGCUGAAUGUUGGGUAUUAGUUGCAAAACCCAACUCAUGUUCCUGAUAUAUAUGCUUCAGGAUCAGACUUGAUUAUCACUGAUACAAGCUGUGAAAUUUGCUAUUCUUUCAGCUACCUAAACCUCUAACUAAAUCACCACCAAAAAUUCCUUUCUUUGAAACAUAGUUCAUCUCUCCUUUCCUCAAUUCCUUUAAUGUAUUAAUCUUUAAUCUUCCUUGCUGAUUUAAAUCAAUACUUUAUCCCCAGGUUCUAAUUCUAUUAUUUUAUAAAAACUAUCAAAGCUAAUUACCCAAAUCUGUUAAUUGAAUUGUACCAACCUAUUUAUUAACACUAGCCUAAUCACUGGUCAUUGUAAAUCGUCCUAACUGGACUGGAGGAGAAAACUAGAGUGGCUAAAGGAAACCUGCGUGGUCACAGGAAGAAUAUAUAAACUCCUUCAAAAUGCUUUUGGAACUGAGCUGCGCUCUGAGCUAUAAUAGUAUUGUGCUAACCUCAACUCUACCAUGGGGUCCCUGAUCAAAAUUAACACACUUAAUCUGAUCAUCAUAGUCACUACCUGUCAUUGAAUUGUCUUCAGUUUUAAAUUGACUACAGCAUUCUCCAACACACUGUACAAUCUGCUUAUUCACAUUCAGUUGGAUUUCAGGAUCACUAGGUUCUGGCACCCUGGUCUAAGGAUUUUUCUAAAAGUAGAACUGGAGCUUAGUCAUUUUUGAAUUGAGUUUCACUUUUGCAGAGUUCCUACCAGAUGGACUUGACAGCACUUAGUCCAAAUGCAAAAAGGCUUAAGACAUUUCAAUUAGACACAAAUUAAAUGUAGACAUACACAAAUUCACACAUUGAUGCAUUUUGAAUAAAUAAACUCAUUGAUUUUUACCAUGCUUUAGCUUUCCUUCAGUCUCCAAAUGCACAUUAAGUCUAACUGUUCACCCAAUUCCCAAUGCAAACCCUUAGUCCUAAUGUACUGAAUUUCAGACACAAGUACCUGUAACAUCAAGCAUACUAUUUCGUAUAACAUCAAUAAAUUUGUGUGGAAUAGUUGUUAAUUGUUGUAAUACUCCACACAAAGGAAGAUGAUUUGAAAUUGUUAGAAAGUCAAUCUCUCCAGCCUUAGGACAGCACUGCAGGAUUUGUUCAUGAGAUUUCAUCCAUUUUAGGUACUGAUAUCAUAUUUGAUUCUCACAAUAUACCAGCAAAUGAAGGAAGACCUAUAUGAUAUUCAGGCAAUACUGAUAAGUGGCAGGUAACAUGUCUCCUAUCAAAGUGCCAAAUGUUAAUUAUCUUCAACAAAGCGUGAAUAUUUACUAAUUUUACAUCAAUAUCAACAUUCUGUGAUUCACCUAUCUCAGCCAAAUAAAUAUUCCUACAAAUUUAAACCAGG